CUUCCACUUGGUGUAACAAAAAUUCUCACGUUCGGUAACGCCUGAAAAUCCUGUAAGCUAAAUCGCUACUUUUUUGCUGCUAAACGGGAGAGUGAGAGAAAUCCAGUGACGUGAGUAAUGCGUGCGCUACUGAGUUUGAUGCUGAGAGUGGAGAGUGAGAGCGAUGAAUGCUAAGCCGCGCGAGCAACAGCAGGAAGAGAGUAAAGUGAGAGAGAGAAACAGUUAGGACUCUCGCGGAAGAAAUUUUUUCACAUUCCUGGAACAUUCUAGAAGCGUGGGUCUCUCAGUCAGUGCAAUGGCGCAGCAAAAAAAUUUGCGAGUGCAAUUUAAUAAUGAAAAGUGUUUUAUAAACGUGAAAUUCAGUGAAAUCCUAAGCUACGAGGACUUGGAAAAUAGUGUGCGCAAUCAACUGUCCUUAAACGGUGGGGUGCUAAAAAUUUUAGACUCAGAGGGAGUUAGAAUCUUGCCAGCAGCAUUCUCAGAAGUCGAAACUUCGUAUUAUAUUAUACGACACGAAGAAGAUGUGUCUGAUGCCAUUGGAGACGUUCCAGUAAGAAAUGGGUAUCCGGAGGCCACUGGGAAUAUUGUGGAGAAUCCAAAUAUGAUGCCAACCCUUAUUGCGAAGGAGCUUCGCAAGUUUUUUAGAGUUCAAAGAACUGUUUUAAUCAACGGUGCCGAGCUGUUGACAAAAAACAAGCUCACUGAGCGUGAAAGGAAGAUGGCAAUUCGAAUAAUUGCUAACCAUCUUCUGCUUUAUCGGCCUCAGCCCAAAAAAGAUGAUAAAAUAGCUUACGCAAAGGCCACCGUGGAGCUCUUUCCGUCCUUAAAAAUAGAUUCUCCGAGGGGAUAUGAUGCAGUUUAUAAUCCAGAUAAACGUUCUGGAUUUUUGGGGAACUGCAUCAAUAGAAUGCUAUCAAGGAAGCGAGAAGAGUGUAAUGUAUUUGAGCCAACUGCAUUGAUAAACCAGGGGAAUUCUUCUCCGGUACAGAACAACAUUGAUUAUUGCAUUGACUUGGAAGAAGUCAAGGAUGAAUUGAAAACGCUUUUCUGGCGAAAUGACGAAAAAAAAAAUUUGAUGCCAUGGAGAAAACCUUCCCGAUCCGACGAAAGUUUUUGAAAACACCACAAAAGAAGAACAUUCUUCUAGAGUAUCCAAGGUUUUUGGAUACACGGGGAUUGAUUCAGCUUGAUUUCCAAUUGCUUUUCCCUGAUAAGAACAACUGCUUGAAGGAGUUGUUUGAUGAAGAAUUUCAAACAAAGCUAUGUACUUUCGGAAAUACUCAAGCAAUGCGCAAAAUAGACAAUGGAUGGCCCACGCCAAUUUGGGCAACUCUCAACUGGCUGUCACUGUUGCCACCAACUGGUGGAGGUCGAGGUCACCAAGGUAUACCAAGUCUCAAAGAAGCCUGCGGAAAUUUGAUACAGUUUUACGAGGCAGGCAGAGUGCCUGAUGCAAAACCGUCUCCAACUAUCAUCGCGCAGGGGAACACAAGGAGCGACAUCAGAAAGUUUUACGUGUCUUUGGAUGAGAGUCUCAUAGUAACCAAUGAUUCCUUUCUUGAUGCGUUGGACAUUAUGUUCAAGAUGCAUUUUGUAUUCGAUUUGGAGUAUGAAGCCUCACUGCGCAACUUUUUCCGUUACAUUCAGAACUACGUGUUCAAAAUUAAGGGAAAUGAAACUCCCAAUACUACUAUCAAUAAGUGUCGUAUGAUUUUGAUGUCCAAUGAGUAAUAUCAAGUGCCAAAUUUGUGAUAAAUUUUUUGAAAACCCAGCAGUUUAUAUUAAAGAUCUGCAAUAUGUGCACUUAUUCAAUUAUGGACCGAAAACAGUUAUAAAAUGCGGAUAUAUAUCUUGCUCAAAAACUUUUGCAUCGCUUAAAGGAUUAAAACAUCACAUGAGUGUUUGUUUCCACGGACAAAUCCCCAGUGUUUCUUCACGUUCAUUGCAACCUAAUGCUCCUAACAAUUCAAGAAACGACCCAUCAACUUUAAUAGAAGAGUCACAACUAACUUUUUCCGAAUAUUAUGAAUCAGAUGUUUCCGUUCAAAGUUUAGAAAAAAGCGAUCAUGAAGAAUUAAUUUCUAGCUUAAAAAAUUUUGCAAAUGAUAUACACAAUUUUACUGUCUCCAAUGUUGUAUUAAAUUUCAUAUUCACUUUCCUUUAUUUAUUUUUGAAUAUUUUGUUUUCAAUAAUUAGAAGUAUUAUAAUGUCAUCUCCUCGCUUGGAAGUUGCAUUAGAAAAGCUUUCUGAAAUUCAAACUUCAUUAACCGCAGUCGUGUCUGACAGUAAAAGUACAUAUAUGAGAAGAAAGAACGUAUUUUCUAAAAUGCCAGAACCGGAAGAAAUUUUGUUAACUAUGAAAACAAAGAGGAGAAUGGAAAUAAGUAGUAAAACUUUUUUGAAUGUACAACAACCAGUUACAUUUGCUAAGAUAAGCCUAAUAGAAACAUUAAAAUUUGUUUUUAACUUGCCCCAAACUCAGACACUGAAGUAUUCACUUGAUGAAAAUGAACAUGACUCAACUUUGAUCAAAGGCUUUCAUGACGGUUCUGUCUUUAAGACUAAUUUCAAUAAUCUGAACAAAAAUGAAUUGAUUUUUAUAAGUCUUUAUUUCGAUGAAUUUGAAACAGUGAACCCGAUUGGAACAAAAAUUGGUAAACAUAAAAUAGGAGCAUUUUAUUUCAAUAUUUGUAACGUUCAACGAGGACAAAAUUCAAAGUUGGAUCAUAUAUAUCUCUUUGCACUAAUAAAAAUGGAAGAUUUGAAAAACAGUGAUUUCAACGAUGUUGUAAAGGUUCUUAUUAAAGACUUAAAAAAACUGGAAAAUGAAGGGGUGGAAAUUAAUUGGAAUGGCAGUAUUAAAAAUAUUAAAGGGUUCUUGCUAAACAUUUGUGGUGAUAAUUUAGGUCUAAACCAUCUGCUGGGUUUUAAAAAAAAUUUUAACAGCGACUACUUUUGUCGCAUAUGUCUUUGUAAACUUGAUGAGAUACAGUACAAAUUUCGAGAAGAAGACUUUUCAAUGAGAACCAAAGAGACUUAUGAAAAUGAUGUUUCCAAAUUAGGUAACAAUUCAGAUCAUAUUAGAGGAGUCAGAGAAAACUCACUUUUUAAUGAUUUGCAAUAUUUCCAUGUGGUGAAAAAUCCUUCUAUAGACAUCAUGCACGAUGUCUUAGAAGGGGUUGCUCAAUAUGAAUUGAAUUUAUUUUUUAAUUAUCUAAUUGAUCAUAAGCAUAACACCCUACAUGAGAUUAAUUCUUUGAUAUCCUCAUUCAAUUUUGCUUUUGAAGAAAGGAGAAAUUUGCCAUCUCCCAUUCGACUAAAAGGAAAGAAUCACAUCGGACAAAAUGCAAGUCAAUGUUGGACACUUCUAGUAAAUCUACCAUUAAUAUUUUACAGUCAUUUCAAAAAUUAUACGGAUCCGAGUUUAAAACAAGUGUGUCAACUUAUGAUAUUAUUAAUAAAAAUUUCUCGCAUUAUUUUUUCUUAUGAAAUCAAAACUUCAUCCAUCAAUGAGCUUAAAACUUUGAUUUUCGAGCACCAUUCUCUUUUAAAAAAAAAUUUCCCUAAUUUCCUUCUGAAAGCCAAGCAUCAUCAUAUGAUACACUAUCCAAGUAUUAUAUUAAAAAUGGGUCCACUGGUGAAUACUUGGUCGAUGCGCUUUGAAGGAAAGCAUUCAUGUCUCAAAACUUUCGCAAAAUCAAGUAAAAAUUUCAAAAACAUACCUAAAUCUUUGUCAAUCAAACAUCAAGAAGUUCUAUAUAAUAAAUUAAUUAAAGAAAAUGAGAAAAAUGAUGUUCAUAUACUUAGUAAUCCAACAGACAGUAUUGAACUUAUUACCCAAAAAUUAAAUAUCACAGAUGAAAAAAAUGACUUAAUUUUUCUAAAACACAUACCAAAUUACAAAGAUUUUGUCUCAGGGGUGUUUUUCUUCUAUAAGGCUUUAAAUAAUCAAAAUGGAUACUUUUAUAAAAUCCUAGACAUAUUUAUGGUACAAACCAAAUAUUAUAUUAGUGCACAAAAAUAUGAAAUUGAAAAAUUUGAUGAAGACUUACAAGUCUAUAAAAUAGUUAUCACAGAUAAUAAUAUCACAAUUGUUAACUUUGAUGAAAUUCAAUGUAAAAAAACAUUUUCCCCAUGUUUCAUGAAUUCUAUGAUAUUUAUUGUUAGUAAAGUAAUUAUAAAUUAAAAUGUAUUUUAAUGAAUAAA